CACAAAUCCAACUUCAAGCUCCCAAACAAGCAUCUCUUUCCAAAAUGAAGACCUCCUGUGUGUUCAGCAUCCUCAAUGCUGCCCUCUCUGCAGCAGCAAUCACCCACCCUGGUUUACUUCACACCGAAGACGACUUCGAACGCAUCAAGGGCUUUGUCUCUGCGAAGCAGGAACCCCAGUUGACUGGCUGGAACAAGCUUGUCGCACACGCCGACGCAGCCUACGAACCUGCUGCUAAAGAGACCGUCUGCCGUGGCUCUGACUGUGAGACCGAGAAUUAUCCAUCUUUAUACAAAGACGUCGCCGCCGCCUAUAUCAACGCCGUGUAUUGGAAAGUCACCGGAACCGAGGAAAACGCGGAUGCUGCAGCAGCUAUCCUGGAUGCGUGGAGUAGCACCCUCAAGACCAUUGAGGGUGGCUCUGACCGCUUCCUUGCGGCCGGGAUUUACGGCUAUCAGCUGGCGAAUGCGGCCGAGAUCCUAAGGACAUACGAGAAAUGGACUGGGCUGGAAGAUGUCGCUGCAUUGUUGCAGGAUGUCUUUCUACCGAUGAACGAGGACUUUCUGAUCCGCCACAAUGAUGCAGAGAUUGACCACUAUUGGGCCAAUUGGGAUCUGUGCAACCUUGCUAGCAUCCAUGCUAUUGGUGUUGUCGCUGACAACCAAACCGCCAUCGACCGGGCAAUCACCUACUUCAAGGAAGGCGAGGGAAAUGGCGCCCUGGAAAAGGCCAUCUGGAAGAUCCACACCGAAGAAGACACGGGCAAGGCUCUUGGCCAGGGUCAAGAAGCAGGUCGAGACCAAGGCCACAGUCUGCUUGAUUUCGGGCUCCUCGGUGCACUGGCCCAGCAGGCCUACAACCAAGGGGAAGACCUUUUUGCGUUGAGUGAUAACCUCAUUCUUGCAGGCGCGGAGUACGUUUUCAAGUACAACACCGGCAACGACGUCCCCUACACCGAGUAUACAAACUCGGAUGAAACCCAGUCCGUGAUCAGUGAAGCCUCGAGGGGAGAACUCCGACCUAUUGCGGAAUUGCUGUACGCCCAUUAUAACGGAAUCAAAAAACUGGAUGCCUCUUGGACCAAGGCAUACAGGGAUCUGCUCAUCGAGGACGGUGAAGGCGCUGAGGGCGGCAGUGGUGAUUACGGGACUACCAGUGGUGGUUAUGAUGUGUUCGGAUUUGGCACUGCCUUGUACAGGCUGGAGGAGUAAGCUGGCUCGGCCAGAUAUUGGUCUCACGGACAAGGUGCGAUGUUUACAUUAAUUCCAUGUGUAUUUACUUUGAGAAUGCGAGAUGCUGUCCCUCGUAUAGUGUUGAUCGGUGGGGACAGCAGUGUCGAAAGCUAGC